UCAGUCUUGGUCCAGCAUUCGAACAACAAACCACGCGACUUUAGGCUGGUCAUCGAUUUUCGGGUGUGUGUGUGUGUGUCUGUUUGUGAUUUUUGAUCCGCGAAUAAGCAAGUUAUGUAAGGGCUCGUCGAUCGUCGUCCAGCGGACUUCAAGGAGACGAGACUCAUUUGCGCGAAAUCAACAAUCGACGAUUUGCGCGCGCGCGCCAUCGCGAUCGCGUACAUUGAAAUUAAGUAAUCGCGGGUCUUACCCGAGGGUGUACGCUACCUGCUCCCUCCCCCUUCUUAAGUUGGCCAAGGUAGCAGUACCGCCUCGAGGUUCCACGGGAGCUUGGACGCAGCAGUACCCAACAAACGAGUUCCAGCUGCUCCAGGCGGCAGUGCGUUCGCAACAGCCGAAAAGUCGUAGCCCAGUAGACACCCUGCCCGCGGUGCUAGUUCUGGCGACCUCCGCAAAGUGUGAUAGUGCAAAAAAAAGUUACGAAAGUUAAGAUUAAGUGAUCAUCCGAACAAAAAAAAAUGAAACCGUUGAGCCUGGUUCCGACGGCGGUUCUGAUGGUGUUUGCCCUGCUGUCCAGCACCGACCACAGCGGGUCCUCGGUGAGGGCGCAGGAGCCACUGUUUGAGCUGCCGGUGCAGCUGAUUGGCUUUCCCGUGAUUAUCCUGUCCGUGCGGUUGGCGAACUUUGCCAAGAAGCUCGCGUACUCGCUGAAUCCAAAGACCUACCAGUCCCGCAGCCGGCGUGAGACCCUGGCCAGCGGAGGAGGAGCAGCUCCCACCGAGGAGGAGAUCUCGCGGAUGGCCGUGGACGUGGCCCAAGCGGAGCGCAAGAUCCAGCACGAGUUUGGCCCGAAGGCCUGCAUCGAAGAGGAACCGUGCCGGUUGCACGCCGUCCGGACGAACCGCAGCGACGACUACCAGCCGGACUGGAACGAAAUCUUGAAGGACUACAAGGUUCGGGCCACCGGAAUGAAGCAGUGGUACCUGCUGUCGGUGUUCAUCGGAGACUACAUCCGGGACGUGCAGUUCUGCAAGCAGCUGGCCAAACGGCUGGCCUGUGACCGGAACCAGAAGGAGUUCGUGCGGGACUAGAAAUGCCAUCCGGUGGAUAGGGAAGGAGGUGGACAGCUCCAGGAGAGGGUCCAUUUGAGUUACUUUAAGCGUGCAAUAGGUUUAGCUUGCAGGUUUUCGAAAGACUUAAUUUUAUGUAAAUAGGAAUCUUUUCAGUGUAUUUUAUAAGUUUACCAAAAAUGCCGAAAUAAACGAAAACGAGAUGUAAAAAUUAAAAA